AUGGAUUGUUUGAACCUGUGCUUAUUUGUAGUAAUUAUUGGUAAUGUUGUUUCAAGCCCCACAGAAAGUAAAGUUGAAAGUACUUCAGAAAGCGCUGGCACGACUCAAAAUGUAUCUAAAGUCAGUCCAAGAGCGGACGCAAACAGUACAGACCCCGAAGAAAUCCCGGACGAGGGGUGGGAGUACGAAAACAAGACACAAGUAGACUACAGAAGAAUUCUUUAUAGUAAAACUGUCGGAAAAGGAAAGAGGCCUUACAUGGUAUACUUACAACUGACGAAAGAAUCGGCGAAGGCUCACAAAUACCGCGGCUGGCUUUGCGGAGGCGUCAUCGUGGACCACUGGUACGUCCUCACCUCAGCCGCCUGUGUGGAAGACGCCGACCACUUCUACAUCGUCGCCGGCACCACCAAGUUCGUGGACAGCUUCGAUUAUAAGUCCGACCAGUGCGUUUGCAAGCACAGGCGCAGGGUCGUAUGGAAGUGCAUUCCUAAGAAUUACAAAUUCGACUUCCAAGACAGUAUAAAAUGGUCGUCCAACGACAUAGCCAUCGUGAAAGUGGACAAACCUUUCAAGCUGAAGGUCUGCGAGAAGGGGUGUGAGUUCGCUGUCGACCGAAUCUGCUACAACAACGUGAGCAGAGAACUUGAGAAACCAGGGACUAAAGGCUAUAUUGCUGGGUGGGGAAGCGGAAACACAUUUAGAGAGGGUGUUUACCGUCGGCAAAGGAAUGGCCAGAACCCGACAAAGCCGGCUAACGCGAAAAACCUCCAGGAAGCCAAAGUUUGUAUUAUGGACAAUGAGCAGUGUGCCAAGAAGUGGGCACAGAAAUUCAGAAGUAUAAUCACUCAGUACAUGAUCUGCACUAAGGAUGUUAUGAAGAGACUCAGUGAAAACUGUGAGAAGAAGUAUGCCAACUGCACGGAUGUUGACGACGGGCGCCGAGACCUGGAUGAGGAUACGGAUGUGGCUUCCAACAGCAUCACCUUGGACCUGGGCAGGCACCUACGGGACCCUGACGACUAUACUGCCAGGCGGUCGCUGAUGCAGGGCGGGUUCUGUGAGAAUGACCACGGAGGCCCUCUCAUAGUCAAAUACCAGGGUAGAGAGCGCGUGGUCGGCGUGAUCUCAGCUUGCAAGAUCGACCCGAAGUCCCACAGUUGCCAUGGACCCUUCCUCUACACGUCUGUGUACAGAAACCGACAGUUCAUAGCGUGCUCUAUUCAUAAGGAGAUUGACGAAAACUGCAGAAGAGUGUUCCGUACCGGCAUAACUCAUGAAGAAUAUUCUGUGGAUUGGGAUGGCGUGCAAGAGGACGAUGACAAUGAUGGUAUUCAAGCUCGAGCGAGGUAA